UAAAUAAAAUCACAUUCGUUUUUUUCUAAUUUUCAGUAUACGUUUUGUAACUUCACAAAAGCUUCGAUACAUCGAACUUGCUCAGAAAUGUUUCAACAAAGUAAACUGUGAGAGUAACGACUCUAAUAAAGAUGUACAAGAACAAUGCAACGAAGAUGAAAAAUGGUUGUACCAUUAUAUGCUUGGAAAAAUAGCAGAAAAGCGUAAAGAGGAACCUAUUAUGUAUCUAACGCAUUAUCUGAAGUCAUCGAAAUAUUUGUAUGAAAACAACGCCACAUAUCCCAUAAAAAUAAACCACAGUAAUCCAUCUCAUCUUUCUAUCGAAGCUUGUGAACUGUUUUACAGAAUUAACGCCGCCAUAAUCAAAUAUAUCGAAAACCAAGAAUCAAUCCGAAGACCCACCGGAAAAUAUUUUAAAAAAAUACUGAAAGAACUGUCUUCUAGUCCAUUUGCUGUAAACCGAGCCAAAAUCAACGACGUAGCGUUAAAGAAAAAGCUUAACGUUCAACAAAACUGCGAUUCGGAACUGGAAUCGCCUUCUACAGUUCCCCAGAGCUCGGUCAGUGUUCAAAGUGUGAAGGAAGUUGAUAAUUCUCUGAAAAGUCAGGAACCUCUCGUACAAGACGAAGGAAAGCAAUUAGAACCCGAAGUAAAUCAAAUAUCCAGAAGAGAAUCACAGGAAAGCACAAUUGGAACUAAUACGUCAUCUACAUCAAGUAACGAAACAAAUUCUUCUACGUCUGGAACAGUGACCCCAAAUUCUGAACAAGAGUUUAGCUCUGAUUCAGAGAGCGCAACAUCGUCCGAUGAUGAGGUGGACAUCAGUAAUGAAGAACGAGAUUGCAUUUUUAAGGAUUGCAUAAAGAAUCUUGAAGAAUGUGUAACUAGAUUUCCAGAACACUAUAAAUCAAUUUAUCGGUUGUCGUAUCACUACAUGAAAGCACCAGGAUCUACAAGAUCCAUCGACGAGGCUCGAAAGUUGUUGUUAAGUUCAUAUAAAACCACACUUGGAAACUAUGUUGCUGGGCUAUUUACUGAAAGGCGUAACAACAACUUCUUCAACGGAAUUUGGAGAAUACCUUCAUCUGAUAUUGAUAGACCAGGAAGCUUUGCAUCACAUCUUUCAAAAUGCGUCGACAUUCUUUUAGAAUUGCUGAGACAGAGCAACGACCACGAAAUGCUCCUGGAUUUAACUAUUCAACUAAACCGUACUCCGGAUACUGAUAAAAAAUAUCUGAAUGACUGUGAUCGCCAUAGAAUUUGCCGAAAAGCAUUUGAUUUUUGUGUCCAAGUGUUCCAAACAACGUUAUACAAGUUUUCUUCAGAGAAUGAAGAUAAAGGGAUUCUGAGCACUAUGGUGGACAUUUUCAAAGCUUAUAGAAAAUCAAUGAAACAUUUUCAGGAGAAGGAAUCUGUGUUUUCCAACAUUCUUGUGGAAGCCUAUAGGACAUAUGUAGCUAACAAAGCUGUAAUUCCAGAAAACGCAAAUUUAUUAGAUUUGGCAGUCAAGUUGUGCACAUACGAUAUAAACUACCGUAAAGCAAUGGAUAAGAUUUCCAACACGGGAAAAGUCAUUCAAACUGGAUCAGAUUCUGUCACAACGAUCAUUACGCCGAUGCAACCGAUUUCUGCCACUUUUAUUCCAGGGUUAACAAAAACCCGCAAAAGUUUUAACAAACCGUUGGAAAGUCCAUCGGUGCCACUUAUUCAGAAUCUUACAGAAAAUGAACAGCUGUACAAAAAUCCCGAAUGCGAUUCCAAUAUUAUAAGUAUGAUGAUGAACCAAGGAAUGCCUAACCGAGAAGACAGAAGCCAAGAAGUAAUUGAUUUAUCUACAGAUGUAGAAAACAAACCUCACACCUAUCCCUCGUUAGCAACUGAUUUAACGGUUCGGAAGCCAUCAUCAGUGUCCUUUGUAAAGAAUACUCAUGGAAGUAUGGAUCUUGAUUCAGAUACAGUAAUGGCAACAAAAAACGAAGGAAAGUAAGUUAUUACGUAUGUGAUAUAAAUAAAAUUGUCAAAUUUUGAAUUUAAA